GCGAGUUCAGCUUAUACUCACUCACACCUCGGCCCCAGGUGUCAUGCCUCCCCGCAAACCGCUCGGCCGCCGCCGUGCUUGUGCCCACGUCAACACUGACAGCUAUACCUGCCACGCAUUGGCAUGUCGAUGAUGAGCAGUUGGGGCAAGGGCAUGGGGCAUUCCGACCCGCGCUCGGGAUCCUUCCACCGCGGAAGCACUUGGAAAAGGGGUCCAGCCCUACGACUAAACUGCUAGGUUCUCAAGCCAUCGCUCUCGAGCCGUCAACGCGCCUCGGACCCUACGACGACAGCUGCGGCGGCCUGCCAUGCUAGCUCCUCCUGCUUGCACCGACGCAGUAUAGCGGCGCCGUGCCGGUAGUCAGCUGGGGGUGUGCGCGGGAAGCUUGACGGGGCCCAGAACCCGUGGGCGAUCGACAAGGCCGUUGGGCGGAGCGGCACGGAUACACCGUUAGUCCCAUCUUCUAGCUUCAAUAGAGCGUGUCGUGGACGUCAGCUAACCCGUCCGUCGGCGUCAACCGGCCGUCUGUGGUCCUCCCCAUCGGUAUCCCAGCUGGGUCUCGGCCUCGUCUCCUCCAACAGCGCCGAGCCGAGGCCUCUUUGUCCCUCGCACCCACCAUCUGUGUGGCUGUAUCUCGACUGUCGCCCUCUGGUGCCGCCAAGACGCCGUACCCGUUUACCGCUCACCUCCGGGCCCAGGCUCACGGAAUCAUGUGCCUGGGCCCUGGAUCUAGAACUACCAGCUGAUGAGCGCCCUGUCCAGCCCUACCAUUAGCUUGCCCGGGAGGGGACCAGCCCGGGGGAGGAUGAGGAAUCACGAUCCGCAAGACCCAACGAUCUGGCUCGUCGAUGUGCAAUGUCCCAAGAUCCCGGGCUAUACCCUAGGGUAGUCAAGGCCAUGAGGUUCCCUAUAUUAAGGUCGUGAUGUUCCCUCCUUCUCGACCAUGCUCUCUCUCUCAACAUCAACAACUAGUAGUUCACACUCGUUCUGAACUACCCCAGUCUCUCUCUUUUCGAGCCUCUACUUUCCUUCUUUUUUAAUCUGCUACCAUCUUUCACUCAUUAGAAAGACCUCACCAGGAAGCUCUCAUCAAAAAAACAAGUCAUCAGACAGAAAGAAAAAGCAGUCAUUAGAAAGCCAGAUUACAAACAUGAAGUUCUUCCCUUCCCUGGCGGGCAUGGCAGCCAUUGCCUCCGCCGCCACUAUCCCCAGCAACAGCACGGCCUCUGGCAACAGCACGGCCCCAGUCUUCGCCACGACCAAUGGCACCGCCGCCGGUAACUCCACGGGGCCCGUCUCCAAGAUCGACAACAAGGUCCUGAUCCUAGCCCGUGACAGCGACGGGGCUAACUCGGCCUCUGCUGGGCUGUUGGGAUACGGCAUCCCCUUCGAGGCGGUGCUCAUCCCCAAGGAGGGCGGCGCUAUCCCCACGCUCAACACCUCCACGUCCGAGGGCAAGUACUCGGGCAUCAUCGUCAUCGACGCCCUCGCAUACGACUACGGUGCUACUGGCUGGCGCUCGGCCGUGACCGACGCCCAGUGGAGCACCAUCUGGGCAUACCAGGCCGGCUUCAAGGUCCGCAUGGUCCGCAUCAACGAGUUCCCCGGGCCGCUCUACGGCGUGGGCCUCGCCGGUGCCGGCGGGUGCUGUGAUGCCGGCGUCGAGCAGCUCAUCAGCUUCACCAACACGAGCCUCUUCCCUACCGCCAACCUCAAGGCCAACGCCGGCAUCACCAGCCAAGGUCUGUAUCACUACCCGGCCGUCAUCACCGACCCCUCGACGACGACACAGGCUGCCAAGUUCGGCCCCGGCGGCAGCUACUCCACCGACACGGUCGCCGCCGUCGUGAACAAGUUCCCCGGCGGCCGCGAGCAGUUCGUCUGGUUCACCAGCUGGGCCCCCUCCUGGUCGGCCACGUCCAACUACCUCCAGCACGCCCACAUCCACUGGAUGACGCGCGGCAUCUUCCUGGGCAAGCGCAAGACACACCUGAGCGCGCAGGUCGACGACGUCCAGCUCGCCACCGACAUGUACUAUCCCAACGGGAGCACGUACAAGACCACGACGGCCGACCUCGACAGCCACAUCACCUGGAUGGCCGACCUCAACACCCGGCUGCCGGCCGGCUCCAGCUUCAAGCUCGAGCUCGGCCACAACGGCAACGGCGACAUCGAGAACGCCACCGCCUCCGGGGACGCCUCGUGCAAGCCCGCCUACGCCGUCGAGUACAACGAGGUCCCCGACACGCCGCUCGAGUUCCAGAAGCCCCUGGGCACCGGCGUCGACCGCUGGCCCGCCGAGUUCACCACCUACCCGUGGUCGCUGGCCUGCGCGCAGCGCGACACCUUCGCCAGGUGGUUCGGCACGCCCGACAAGCUCAACGCCUACAUGCACAUGUCGCACACCUUCUCGCACAUGGAGCUCAACAACGCCACGUACAAGGACGCCAAGCGCGAGAUCGAGUUCAACCAGGCCUGGAUGAAGCAGAACGGUAUUGCUAAUGCCACCUCCUUCUCGGCCAAGGGCCUCAUCCCCCCGGCCAUCACGGGCACGCACAACGGCGACGUCAUCAGGGCGUGGAUGGACGCGGGCCUGACCAGCAUCGUCGGCGACAACACGCGCCCCGUCCUGCGCAACCCGAACAACAAGUACUGGCCCCUGACCUCGACCGUCGCGGGCAACGGGCACGCCGGCCUGACCAUCGUGCCGCGGUACUCGACGGCCAUCUACUACAACUGCGACACGCCCGAGUGCAACACCAAGGAGUGGAUCGACACCUCGGGCGGCAAGGGCACCUUCGCCGACAUCCUGGCGCUCAGCAAGGCCGACAACACCCGGUACCUGUUCGGCCUGCAGAGCGACCCCUACAUGUUCCACCAGGCCAACAUGAGGCUGACCAACAUGCCGCCCAUGACCGUCGGCUCCAAGACGAUGCCCAUGUCCAUCCUCAUGGCCUGGACCGAGACCGUCGCCCAGGAGAUGGCCCGCCUGACCAACUGGCCCGUCAUCUCGCUCAAGCACGACGACAUCGCCCAGUACUUCCUCGACCGCCAGGCCCUCGACGGCUGCCAGCCCUCGCUGUCCUACGGCUUCAGCCCCGACGGCUCCUCCGUCACCUCCGUCACCGUCGCCGCGAACGGCAACUCGUGCCCCGUGCCCGUCCCCGUGACCAUCCCCGGCGGCAGCACCACCGCCACCGGCGGCUCCGUCACCAGCGACCAGGUCGGCUCUGAGCCCCCCAUCCAGUGGGUCAAGCUCUCGGGCCAGCCCGUCACGCUGAAGCUGUCGGCCGGCGUCACUGUCUAGGUGGGUGUUUGGGAUGUUGCCUGCCUGUUUGCAUUUGGGAUAUUUAUGGAUAGCGUUUUGCAUUAGUAUUAGCAUCAGACGUGUAAACGAGUCUGUUCUUUCUCAUUCCUUUUUGGCUUUCUUCGGAGUAGGCUCGAAAAAGGGCGGCGCUGAUAUCACUCUCUCUGAAUAAUUAGAAAACUAUUCUCCUUCUUGGAUAUAGUGGUACUAAAAGUUGAAGCAAUUUAUUGCGAUUACCAAAA